CCGCCAUGGACGAGGCGGACCGGAGGCUCCUGCGGCGGUGCCGGCUGCGGCUGGUCAGCGAGCUGCAGGUGGCCCCGCUCUGGGACGCUCUGCUGAGCCGCGAGAUCUUCACGCCCGACAUGAUCGAGGACAUUCAGCGGGCAGGCUCUGGAUCUCGGCGGGAUCAGGCCAGGCAGCUGAUCAUUGAUCUAGAGACUCGAGGGAGUCGGGCCCUUCCUUUGUUCAUCUCCUGCUUAGAGGACACAGCCCAGGACGAGCUGGCUUCCCUUCUGCGAUCCGGUGCUGAGAAGAGAUCCAGCAGUACUGAGAAACCAAGGCAAAACAUGGAUUUGGUGUACGUCCUGAGCGCGGACCCGUGUGGCCACUGCCUUAUCAUCAACAACAUAAACUUCCUCCCUGAGUCACGGCUCGAUGACCGUACCGGUUCCGACCUGGACUGCCAGAAGCUGCAGUACCGCUUCCAGUUGCUGCACUUCUCCGUGGAGGUGAAGUGCGACCUGACCACCAAGGAAAUGAACCUGGUGCUGGCGGAGCUGGCACAGCGGGAUCACAGUGCUAUGGACUGCUGCGUGGUUGUCAUCCUGUCUCAUGGCCACGAGGUCAGCCACCGCCAGUUUCCGGGGGCUGUCUGUGGCAUCGAUGGAUCCUCUGUGUCCAUCGAGAGAAUUGUGAACAUCUUCAAUGGGACCGGCUGCCCCAGCCUGCGUGGGAAGCCCAAGCUCUUUUUCAUCCAGGCCUGUGGCGGGAAACUGAAAGACCGUGGGUUUGAGGUGGCCUCCACUUCCCCCAAAGACAGGGCCUCUGGCAGUAACCCUGAGCAAGACGCUGCCCCAUUCCAGGAAGGCUCAGGGACCUGCGACCAGCUGGACGCCGUGUCUAGUUUGCCCACACCCAGUGACAUCUUUGUGUCCUACUCCACCUUCCCAGGUUUUGUCUCCUUGAGAGAUCCCAAGAGUGGCUCCUGGUACGUCGAGGUCCUGGAUAGCGUCUUGGAGCAGUGGGCUCCCUACGAAGACCUGCAGUCCCUCCUGCUCAGGGUCGGUAAAGCUGUUGCGGACAAAGGGAUUUGCAAACAGAUGCCCGGUUGUUUUAAUUUCCUUCGGAAAAAAUUUUUCUUUAAAACUCAUUGAGGCAGGGCCCCUCACCUGCCUUCUCUUUCACCUGAGCACCUUCGUGCUCCAUGUCUGGAGGUGGCUGAGGCUGGUCUCUUCUACAACUCAUUGAUUUUGUAGCCUGUAGAGGGUCUGCUGUUUCCCAGCCGGCAGCAGACAGGCUCUUAGCAGCUUCCAUAUUGGAGACAAAUGCUGAGCAGUGGAGGAAGAGGUACGGAGAAUGCCAUGGAUUCCAUGUGGCCUCUUCGCCAGUGGCUGGUCCCAGGUGAGGACUGUGGACUGUCACCCCGUGUCCUCUCUAGAGCGGGGCUUAACCUCCACACUGUUGACAGUCCUUUGUUUCAGGGCUGUCCCGUGUGUUGUAGGAUGUUUAGCACCAUCCCUGGCCUCUACCCACUAGAUGCCAGUAGCACCUCUCCACAAGCAGUGCCAACCAAAAAUGUCAACAUUGCCAAAUAUGCCCUGGGGGACAAAAUUGCCCCCCCUUGAGAACUACUGAUCUUUAGGGGUUUUUGGCUACAAACAAACCAGCAUCUGUCUGAGAUCAGCAAGCUUGGGGCUACUAGAAUCUGAAGAGCUGGAAUCUGAAUUUUAAAUGAAGUUUUAAAAAUUGUUGAUUUUUCUUGUAUUGCGUUAUUCUUAAAAAAAAAA